AUGGCAGCUGCUCCAUCGCUCGCGUUCUCGCACAUUCUCCUAUUUAACUCGCGCUCUUCCACGGCGUCUCUCGUUCCUACCCUUGCCCCCUAUUAUCCCUCGCAGUGCUUUCUCUCCUUCCCCCUGGCCUCGCCUCUCUCCUCGUAUUUACUCCCCGCUCACUUCCUACCUGCCGCUCGUUCUAGACUACGCUUCGGAAUCCCCGAAUUUCCCGCUGACCGCCUUCGUGGAAGUAACUUCCGCGUCCGCUGCGGCGCCGCGCCAUUCCGACGUGGCAUUCACGUGUUCCCACACGGCAUUUCAUUGGCUGCGGUCGGCCUGCCGGCCACGCAUCUAGGUCUCCGCGUGUCGCACAGCGCUCGAAUAAUCUGGCAGCGGGGGAGAGGCAGGCGAGAGUGCAGAGUCCGCGCAAACGCAGCAGACUGUAGCGGGGAAAAUGGCGAGGGCGGCACUAGUGAGGGGAGGAAUUCUGACCCUUGGGGGAAUUCCUUGGAGGCAUUUCCAAAAACCGCCGAUACAGCAGUAGCAACAGAAGCAAGAGCGGAAGCGUUGACGUCUGGCGGAGGUGGCGCAGGUGGCGCAAGUGGCGCAGAUGGUGGGAACUGGACGGAGGUUGAGGGGGUGGGUGCACGGGGGAAGGCGGAGCAGGCGGAGGAGCACGAGGAGAGCGAGACGGAGUGGGGGGCAGACGAGGAGGCGGAAGAUGCGGAGGGGGAGGGGGGCUCAGAGGAGGAAAGCGAUGGGGAGUGGGAGGGGCAGGACGGUGGGGAGAGGGACGGGGAUGGGGAUGGGGAUGGGGAUGGGGAUGGGGAUGGGGAUGGGGAUGGGGAUGGGGAUGGGGAUGGGGAUGGGGAUGGGGAUGGGGAUGGGGAUGGGGAUGGGGAUGGGGAUGGGGAUGGGGAUGGGGAUGGGGAUGGGGAUGGGGAUGGGGAUGGGGAUGGGGAUGGGGAUGGGGAUGGGGAUGGGGAUGGGGGCAAGGAGGCGAUUCGGCGGGAGAGGAUCAGCGAGGCGAAUAGAGGGCGCGUGCCGUGGAACAAGGGCAGGCGGUGGAGCGAUGAGGUGCGCGCGAGGAUAAGGGAGCGCACCAAGGUCGCCAUGAGCGACCCCAGCAUCCGCGCGCGCCUCAAGGAGCGCGGCCACCGCCAGAGUGUGGAGACGCGCGCGCUGAUAGCAGCAAAGCUGCGCGCCAACUGGCAGCAGCGCCACGAGCACAUGGCGCUGGUAACAGCGCUGCGGCAGGAGUGGCACGCGGAGCUGGCGCGCGCUGCAGCGGCGGGGGGCGUGGGCGAGAGGGCGCUGGUGCGGUGCCGCAACGGACGAGUGCUGUAUGCUGAUGAGAUGGAGAUGGGCGGGCGGAGAAGGAGGAGGAGGUGGAAGGGAGGCGGAGGGGAGACGGACAAGGAGGGGGAUGGGGAUGGGGAUGGGGAGGAGAGGUGGGAAGUGGAUGGGGGGGUUGGAGGGCAGGGUGAGUUGGGUGGGGAUGGUGAGGGUGGGGAGAGGAGGAUGAGGAGGAGGAGGCAGGUGGAGAGGGUGGUUAGAGGGAAGCACAGUGAGGAGCACAGGAAGCGAAUCAGUGAAGCCAUCAAGGCCAAAUGGGCCGACCCUGAAUAUCGCAGUCGAGUGGCAUCGGCUGUUCGCCUGGCGAGGCCCAACAGCAGGAGCAGUGGGGACAGCACAAGCGGAUCCGAGAGCAAGAGCAAGAGGGCAGAGAGGCGACGAGCCGCAAGCGGGGAGGGAGGAAGGCCACGCAGCAGCAGCAGCAGGAGGAGGGGCAAAGCAGCGGAAGGCUCUGCUUUGCUGGGCGAUGCCAGUCCAGAGAGUACCCGUGAAGGUAUUCCUGGUAGUGGUGAUGGUGCUGCUGCUGCUGCUGACGCGCCUGAUUCCAGCGACGCAGCAAAGGCAGCAAAAGCGGCAGCGGCAGAGGUGGUGGUGAUUCCAAACCCAGACGAGGCGUUUGUUGAGCUUGUGAUGGCUGCCGAGGCGCAGAACGGUGAGCAAGGCUCCUUGCAGGGGGACGCAGGCAGAGAGGAGCACAGGCAGCAGGGGGGGGUGGAGGGAGGGGAGAGAGGAGCGGAGGGCGAGGAAGGGGAGCGGCGCGAGGGAGGGUCGGGGGGAGUGGUGUCGCCGUUUAAGCGGGUUGUGAUUGUGUCGCAGAGAGGAGGGGGGGAGAAGCGUGGGAUUGGUGGGGAGGGGAGGGGAGAUGAGGGUGAUGGCAUAAGGAGCAGAGAGAGAAGAGGAGAGGCAGCGUUUGAUGGGUCAGCUACUCAAGACAUGGGGGACAUUGGGGGGGGUUGGGAGAAGCUAGGAGAGGAGGUGGAAGAGUGGGAGAGCGAAUGGGAGGGGGAGGAUGGGCGGAACGAGAGACCGGAGAGGCAGGGGGAAAGGGGGAGAAGGAAACAGGUGUGGGUGGGCGGUGCGUGGGACGGUGUGCUACUAAGGGGGGAAAUGGGACUAGGGGAAGGGCUUGGGGAAGGGCUGAAGAAGAGGGGCACAUGGAGGGGUGCAGAGGGGCGAGCAGGUGUAAACAGGGAGAUGCCAUGGCAGGAGGUGCUGAGGGAAGGGGAUAAGGACGGUGGCGAUGGGGGUGAGAAUGGGGUGUUGGGUGGGGUCAAUGGGAGUAGCAGCACGGACGGCAGCAGCAGCAGCAGCAGGAGCAGUGGAGUGGGAGAUGGUAGUGUUGACACGGACGAAAGAGGCGUGUGGGAUGACAGGGGUACUUCUGCAUCUGCAUCUGCGUCUGUGCCUGCAUUGGAUGCUCAGCAGAGCAUGACCCGGCACAUGGGUACUGAUGGCGGAGGCGGAGCAGGCAGCGCAGGCGCUGGCAUCUUCCCUACUGCACCCCCUCUCCCUCCCCUCCUCACAUGUUUUCGCUUCCCCCGGCCCCCCUCCCGUUCCUCUUCCCCGCUCCCCAGGGUGCUGAUGGCGGAGGCGGAGCAGGCAGCGCAGGCGCUGGCGGCGGUGGCGGGGAGGGACAACCGCGCCAUGGCCUCUCUGCUCGAGACACGGCGCUUGCUGGACGAGGCCAGGCGUGCUGUCAGGGAGGCUGAGGGGCCGCACGGUAGUGAUGAGGGGGAGGCGAGGCAGGCAGGGCCAGGUGAGAUGGGGGAGGAGGGCGGCCGAUAG